UACGUUCUAGACGCCAGGACGGAGUCUCGGGUGGUGGUCGUGUGUAAACAUUGUUGACGGUGACACAACCCUCCUUGCACGCCCACACUCCUCGUAAUUCGGGUAAUUGUUCCUCCACGCCCUCCGCCAGUUCGCCAUUGUGGUUUCCGAGCGAGGAAACAGAGAAGUGGCGAAUACCGCGUUGCAGUGACGCGGUCGGGCGUGUCCAGCCAGCAGCUUCUCGGAUCAACUUCGUGCCGGACAAAGGAAUCUGACAGUCAUAAGAGCUUGACAGUCACUGACAGUCAUUGCAGCAGGAAGUCGGAUAUUAGUGCUUGAGGACGGCGGAGGAAUCAGUGUGACCGAGCGCUGGAGAGUGACGAAUUGAUCAUGGAGGAAUUAACAGCUAGUUUGGAGAAGCUGCGUGUGGCCUCAGAAAACCCAAGCCCUGAGCCACUGGAUGAGCUGAUCAACUAUAUUCAUCAGCAGGAGGACAGUACAACUGUGUGUGAGGAACUAGUAGCUGGAGGAGUCCUGCCCCUCAUUGCUGGAUCUAUCAACAGCUCCUCAGUUGAGGCUCAAGGGAAAGGGGCAGAAUUGGUUGCUGAACUUGCCAAGGUUGAGAGCUGCAGAUUAGGAUGUGUUACCAGCGGUCUUGUACCCAUCCUUGUGGAGAAAAUGUCCAGCACAACAACAGGUGUGGCUCUCCAAGCUUGCCGAGCACUGGGGAAUAUAUGCUAUGAACAUGACGGAGGCAGAGUGAGUGUAAUGGAGUCUGGGGGUGCAGCGCAACUCCUGCAUUUGCUCCAGAGGGCUGCCUCUCUGCCCAACACGCCUGAUGAUCACCAGCUCCGUCUAGUGGCUACAGGGUUUCUUCUAAACCUUCUUAAUUCCUAUGACACAGUUCAGAUUCCCCAUUGUCAGGAUCAGUCUAUGGAGGCAGAACUAGUUGAUGUUUUGUGCCAGUAUCUGGACAAGUUUGCUGAAGAUGAAGACAUUCCUACCCAUGUUUUGUUGUCACUUACCUGUAUGGCAGACACUGAGGUGGGACGGGGACUUGUUGUAUCCCGAGACAUCACGCCACAGCUUGUACGAGUAUUGAAAAUCAACGAAUCAGCUGAGGUUACAGAAACAUGUCUGGAACUUGUCACCAAUUUGGCUGAGACAGAAUGUGUGAAGACCCAGUUGGCAGUUGGAGGUGUUUGCGAGGCUGUAGUAGAGGUUGUAAGACGCCAUCGGAACAACCCAGCGUCUGAUCUUUCUCCUCCCAUAAUCAAGACUGCAACUGACCUCAUUGUCCUCAUUCUUGUUGGAGAUGAGAGCAUGGGUAUAAUCUAUGGUGAUGGUUCGGGUUCAGUGUACCAGGAACUUGUGGGAUGGCUGACCUCUGACCUGGAGGACCUGCAAAUAGCUGGUGCUCUUGCUAUGGGAAACUUUGCCCGCAGUGAUGCCCAUUGUAUCAAGAUGGUAGAGAGUGGAAUAGCAGAUAAAUUACUGAAGGUUUUGUCGAGCCACAACUCUGGAGAAGGAGACAUCCGCCUGCAGCAUGCUAUCCUCUCUGCUCUGAGGAACUUAAGUAUUGCACGGCAGAACAAACCAGUCUUAGUGCAACAGGGUGCACUUGAAGUCCUGCUCCCCAUGGCUACAGCAAUACAGACAUUCCCUGUGGUAUUUAAGCUGCUAGCGACACUGCGUAUGAUCAUUGAUGGACAGACUGAAGCCGCUGUCAAGGUUGGCAGCAACAAUGAGGUUGUUGAGAGACUAGUGGUAUGGUGUGGCACCAUGGACCAUCCAGGUGUCCAAGGAGAAUCCAGCCGUCUCCUCGCCUGGACCAUCAAAAAUUGUGGUGAAAAUACAGAUGUGAUUACUGCUUUGAUAAAUGCAGGUUGUGUUCCACCCCUGGUACUCAUGCUUGGUUCUGAACAUGCAGUCAUGGUCAAUGAGGCAGCCCUGGCCCUGGUGCUCGUCUUUUCCUCAGUUGUUGAUCCAGAGGUUGUUGAGAAGACAAAGCUGCCGCAGGUGGCAACGUAUGUUUUGAACAAUCCCAACCUUCCUCCAGAGAUAGUGGCAAAUGUAUUGUCAAUGCUAACAGCCAUUGCUGGGAAAGACACUGGGAUCGAGUGCCUCAAAAAGGACGAACUGAAAACUGCCAUAGAUGCUCUAACUGCUCAUGCCAACGAACAAGUCAAGACUUUAUCUACUGCUCUCAAGGAGAAACUUUAAAGCAUUACAUAACACAUUUUCUUAUUGUUCACUUGCACUCUCAGUAUGUUAUCAGCUAUUCUUUUCAGUCUUCACCAUGGGCAUUGCAGCUGACACGUUUGUCAUAGCUUCAUGCAUCAGCUGUGGUCAUAGUCACCAUCACUGUGGUCUUAGCUUUACUCAGUGUGUCAUAUUACUGGUUAUUAGAGCCAUUGGUGUGGGCAUCUUAGAUAUCAUCAUGUUCUUCAUAUCUGUGGUUUAUCAUUACUUGCCGGUGAUUGUAUACAUAUACUGUUUUAUGAUAGUUAUACAGUUUUGUAAUCAGCAGUUAAAGAUCAUAUUGGGAUGAGAGAGCUGUGUGCAUAUCUUUUACUGUGUGGACUCUGUCCCUUCAUACUAGUGCAGCGUUAAUGUAGCUCACGUCUUUGAACUUCUUUAAGCAUACUUUACUGCAUGAAUCCAUACAACUGUCAUCAUAGAGGUUUUCAUCAAGAUGGUUUAGAAUUAAGGAUCAGUCUUUUUUUAUUGCUUGGUUUCUCUAAUGUGUAUUGUAAUGUGUUGAAGUGAAGAAUGUUUGUAAAACAGUGCAAUAGUGUUACUGUGUUAUGUGAUUUGUACAGUGUUACACUUAACUUUUAUAUGGGGUUGACAGUGAUCACAAGGUAUAGUUAAUAUUCAACCUUGAUAUUAAACACUUCCAGUCGUACAUAAAGAUAGAAUAUUUAACAGUUUAUAAACAAUGUAAUUAGCUAUUUAGAUCCAGCCAAACUGGCUACAUAAAUCUCUCUAUGAUAUAUACAAUUAUAUGUUACUAGGCCAUUGUUAAAAGUAAUUAGAUAGUUUUUACCUUGAUAUUGUCUAUUCAGUGAUAAAACCAGUGAAUGUAAAUGUAUACACCAUAUAUACAGGUAUGUACCUCGUGUUUAAAGAAUUGCUUACUGAUGUAUAAGUAUUAACUUCUUGAAUGCUGUCAUACACAUAUUGGAAGAAAUGGAUGCAGACAGAUACUAGUAAACACCUAUAUCCAUUCCACAUACUCCUGUAUCCACUCCUCCCAUACACACACAUAUGCACACACACACACACACACACACACAACACCACACACACACACACACACACAC